GUGGUACUACGGCUGUGUGGCUUCGACUACUACUUUUGGCAAUGGCAUCCAACGGAGUCAAUGUGCCUGGCGUUCGUACAUGUUAUAACUAUGGACAGCCUGGUCACAUUUCUAGAUACUGUCCCCUUCCUGACCGUAGGUUAAACGGCGUUCAGUCUGGUAACACUGCUAUUGUUCCGUCUCAACCUUUGUUGACUGUUCCGCCAGCUGGUGUUGGUACGACAAUCCCUUUCUAUCCAAAUCAGUUCAACGGUGGUGGUAGUGGUUCUGGCCUAGGAAGGAGAGUGUCAACCUUAGAGGAGAUCGUCGGCAAGAUCAAUAGCAAGCACGAAGCAGAUGAAGCUAGGGAACGCUUGCAGCGAGAAGAGGAAGAGCGAAAGAAGAGAGAACGGGAGGAGGAGAGAAGGGAGAAGGAGAAAAAACAACGAGAAGAUUUUCAGUCACUAAUGCAUAAAGAAAUGUCAACUAAACUGGACAAGGUGUGCGAUGCGGUCAACGGGAAGAAGGCCGGCGAGAGUGAGGAGAUCAUGAAUCUGAACGCUCAAAUUGAAGACCUUCGACAAAGUCUGAAGGGCAAACAGAAGGUUGUUGAGGACGAGGAAGUGACUAAACUUCGUGCCGAAGUCGAGCGUUUGAAGAGGGGGCGGGACGUUGCUAGCACCUGGACUACUGUUACUAGACUAGUCAGUGAAGCCGAAGAACUGGCGCGCUUGCGUCGAGAGCAGGUUGAUACUCAAGCCGCUACUAACAAGAGGCUUGCGUCACUGGAGGAGGUCAUCCAUGCACUACAGAAGCAGUGCGAGCUUGCCGAAGCUAAUGCUGAAGCCUGGAGAAGCGAAGCUCUGCGACCAGGUAACAAGAGAGGCAGCGUAGCCAUUGGGCAUACACCAGUUACGGAAGCCAGAGUGAGACCGAGGGUUACUCCGGCUGCCUCUCCCUGUACGGUGAAUCAACAGAUUAAGGGAAUUGUCGAACGUUAUCAGCGGGAGGUUGAUCUGCAGAAGGAGAUGCGUUUGUGAGAACUUCAAGUUAAUGCACGUAAAGA